GCCCCUCCCCGCCCCAGCACUCCCUCUCUCUUCUCCACUAUGGACAGAGCCUCCACAGAGCAGCUGCCUGCCCACUACAGACCCAGCUGACAUGGGGACUGUCGGAGCGACGCAGCUGUGCUGGGUGAUCCUCGGCUUCCUCCUGGUCCAAGGCCGCAACUCCCAGCCCACCACAACGCAGCCCUCUAGCCCUCAGGCCGCUCCAGGGAAGGCCUCACAGGUCCCCACACCUGUGAUGCCAAGGUCAAGCACCAUGGAUGGUCACUUCCAGAGCUUGCCCGGCCUGACUCCGUCCCAGCCACAGCAACACAUAUCAGCCCUUGACACUUCUCAAAAUGUUACCACCAAAUCAGUCACCAUGAGCCUGAGGACCAGAGGAGACUCCACCAUCCUGCCCAGCCCUACGUCAGAGACGGUGCUCACUGUGGCUGCUUUUGGUGUUAUCAGCUUCAUUGUUAUCCUGGUGGUGGUUGUGAUCAUCCUGGUCAGCGUGGUCAGUCUCAGGUUUAAGUGUCGGAAGAAUAAGGAACCUGAAGAUCCCCAGAAGCCUGGGAGUUCCGGGCUAUCUGAAAGCUGCUCCACAGCCAAUGGAGAGAAAGAUAGCAUCACCCUCAUCUCCAUGAAGAAUAUCAACAUGAAUAACAGCAAAGACUGCCACUCAGCAGAGAAGGUUCUUUAAAAGCAACCUUGGGUCCCUACGAGACCGAAGAUGUUGCAGCUGCCCCGUGACUGUAAGGAGGAAGGCAAUGGGAUCAAUAGAGGCAAUAAACCACAUAAAUUAUUUUUUGUUUCACAUCUAUUCCAUACUACAUUCCUGCAGAUCUAAAGGAUACUAACGUUCCUUCAGACCCAGGAGCAAGCUACCAACAUGAGAUCCUCUCUCCGACACGAGCAGCCUCUCUAGGAACAUGGCCAGUUCCUCCCACCUUCUCAGCGUCACAGGAAGGAGAAAUCUGCAGAGCAAAAGCAAGGAAAAUGACAAAGUGGCUCCAUCCAUUCUACUUGGCAUUAAAAUUAUUUUCUGGCCUGCA